AUGCAUGGCAUUCCCUGGAGCAUGGAUUGCACACAAGCGCGCCCCACCCCUCCCCCCUGUCCCUGUGCCCCUCGCAGUCUCCUGGCAACGUCCCCCCUGCACGGCCUUUCCAGUACUGCUGCCCACUCACACCUCGUCGCUGCUCGCAAGGGCGGCGAGGAGCGGAGGCGGGGCGGCAUGGCGUGGACGGACGUGCUGGGGUGCUGCGUGGGCGCGCUGAGAGGCGCUGCUCAGACGUGUCUACUGCUCUUUGCCUCGCUCUUCCUCCUCUCAGGCGACUUCCCUCCUGGCCUGCUCGCCCUGCUGCUCGCCGCCUUCUCUCUGUUGCUUCAGGUGGGCCUCAGGUGCCGCCUCAGGUGGGUGGAGCACCACCUGCGCCAGGCAUCCCUCACCCUCCCCAGAGCCCUGGUAAUCCGAAACGGCUGCAUGGAAUCAGUUCCUGCAAGCACAGUGGUAGUAGGAGACCUGGUGAUGCUUAUAAAGGGGAUGGAGGUUCCAGCAGACACACGUCUGAUCUACACUGCUGCGCUGCUAUUGGACGAGGCGCCCAUUCACGGCAUGCUGCAUGCGCCCGCCCUCAAGUCCCACCUCCCCCCGUCCGCCUCUGCUGUGGAUCCGCGCCUCUGUGCCAAUGUGGCCCUCCGGGGGUGCGCCGUGGAGGAGGGGUGGGGCGUGGGCGUGGUGUAUGCAGUGGGGGGUGAUACGGUGCUGGGGGCGCUGCUGGGGGAGCGAGCAGGGGAGGAGACGGAUGGGAAGAAGGGGAGGAAGGGGAAGGGAGGGCGGGGAGAGUUGGGGGAGAAGAGGCAGGGGCGGAGGGAUGAGUGGGAGGAGGUGAUGGGAGAGGAUAGUGAUGGUGAUGAUGAUGAUGGGGAUGAGGAGCAGGGGGGCAUGGUGGGCAUGUUGGAGGUAAAGCGGGACGAGGGACAAGGGGACUGGGUGCCGUGUGCUGAGAUGGGUCACACCCCACUUCCCCCAACCACUCCCAACCAUCCGUACCACUCCCAACCGUAUCUCAACACGCAUGACAACACCACCACCACCACUCAGGACGAUAUCCCUGGCACCCACGUCUGGCCCUCCCCACACUCCCCUCUCCCCUCCGCGCUCCUCCCUUCUCGCAUCUCCACUCUCGCCCUCCGCCUCGCUCGCCUGCUAGGCUUCUCUGGUACGGCCCUGGCAGUGGUAGCAGCGCUGCUCUUCUCUCUCCGCCAGCGCCCCUGGCAGGACUGCCUGCUGCUGCUGCUCUCCCUGCUGCUGCUCUCUCUCCCCGACUCCCUGCCGCUGCUCCCUGCAGUGCACCUGGCUGAGACAGCCAUGGGGCUGAGGCGAGCAGGCGUGGUGGUGCGAGCGGGGGGGCAGAGAGCGGUAGAGGCGGUGGCGCUGUGCCGCUCUGCUCUCUUCCACGCGCCGCUGCUGCCGCACGCCCGUUCCCUUGGUGCUUCUGCACUGGAGGGUCGUGAGGUGCGGGAUGAUGGGCGUGGUGGGCGUGGUGGGGGGGGUGUGGUGGAGGGAGGAGGAGGGGGUGAUGGGGGGGUGUGGGGAGCGAGAGGGGCGGCAGAUGGGGUGGAGGUGGUGGCAGUGCUGCUGGCAGAUGGGACCUGCCUUACUGCUGCCGCCUGCGCUAGUGGUGUGUGCGUGAGAGGGGAGGAAGGUGGGGGAGGGAAGGAGGUGGUGACGAGUGGAGAGGAGGAGGAGAAGGGCGCUGGCGAUGGGGAUGGGCAAGGCAGCGAGGUUGUGGGGCAGCGAGGCGGGGAGGAGGAGAGGGCAGAGAGCCGCAUGGCGCACUGGCAGCAUGCAGUGAGGCACGCACUGGCAGGGGAGCAGGAAGCGACUCAGGCGAGUUUUGCCAGGGACAGAGGGGGUGAGGUGGGGGCGUUGGAGGGAAUAGAAAGAAGGGGAGAUGAGCCUCUGGGGCAGGGAGAGGGGAGUAAAGUGGGGCGAAUCGAAGGGGGUGCGGAGGGGGGAGGCGAGGAGAGGUUUGGCAGCAGUGGUGGUGCUGGGGGGAGUGCUGCUGGGGAGGGGGAGGGUGUGAGAGAAGGGGGGAGAGGGGGGGGCGAGGAGGGAGGGGAGGAGGGAGGGGAGGAGGGAGGGGCGGUGCAGUUGGCGUGGUGGUUGGCUCAGUGUGAUGGGGAGGGACGCGCAUGGAUGGGUGCGAGUGAUGAUGUGGAUAGAGCUGUGCUCGCUGCACUGGUUAAAGGCAUGUGGGACGAUGGUAGGAGGGAAGCAGCACAGCAGCACCAGCACCAACAACAACAACUGCAGCAGCAGGAGGAGGAAUCCGCCAGUGGCCUUCGACGUGUGUCUCCAUCCCUCUCAUCCUUCAUCAACUCUCUUCUCUCCGCCAAGCGCUCAGGCUCUCUCCUCAUCCAUCCACUCCACCCCUCACACCACCCUUCAAAUCACCCCUCGCACCACCACGCACCCACCUCACCACCACAUGCCUUCCCAACGCAUCUCGCUUCCUCCCCUCCUCCCUCCUCCCCUCUCAGCACAACAUCUCCCCACUCUCCUCCCGUUCUCACUGCUCGAAUCACACUUACAGGGAUGCAGCCGCAGCAGCAGCAGUCACCCCACAUGAGCAGCCCUGCAGCGACAGGUGCAGAGGCAGCGGCGGCAGGAGCAGCAGCAGUGCAAAGAGGGGCAGGGAUGGAUCAGCGGGGUGGUGUGAGCACAGCACAGCAGAGCGCGGAGGAGGGAGGGAUUGUGUUUCUGGGCGCAAUAGGAGUGAGGGAAGCGUGGGAUCUCGCGACCACUAAAUGGGCGGUUGACAGGUGGCAAGAUCUGGGCGUGCAGGCGGUGGUGAUGACGGGCAAUCACUGUGAUCCGGCACACGCCUCUGCCUUCCCUCCCACCACUGCCAGUGGGUCUGGCGCUGCCAGCUGGACAAGUGUGCUUCACAAUGUGCAGGUGCUGACGGGGCUGUGGGGCGAUGCUGAGUCAGCAGCAGCUGCACAGCUGGCAAGUGAGGGCCAUCAGCUGCUGUGGCUGCCCCAUGGUGCGUGCUGCUCGCGUGCUGAGAAGUCGGGAGAGUGGGGAAAGUGGGACGAGGGGGGGACGGGGGAAGCUUGCGCGGGAGAGGGGGAAUGGGGGAUCGGUGAAACUGGAAGGGGGUACAAGGAAGCAUGGGAGCCCCAGUAUCGCAAGCUCACUCUCCUGUGGCCCACCUGCAUGCUGUCUUCUUCUCGCACCCACCUUGCGUCCCCAGAGAAGCUUCCUUGCCUCACUUUCCACAAUCCUCUUUCCCUGACCCUUUCCGUCUCCCCACAACCCCUCCCUCCCACCCAUCCUCCCCUUCCCUGGCAGCUCCCUUCAUCCCCGCGCACAUCACCACAUACACAGACACGCCUCUCCUCUCCCUCACCUCCUCCCCCUCGUCCUCCUCACCCCACUCGCCCCCAUCCCCUGUGCUCCUCGCGUCUCUCUCCUCCUCCCCCUGCAUCGCCUGCAAGGCAACCCUACUACUGCCCCCACUACCCGAAUCCUCCCUCCUUGAGAGUUCGGCCAGGAGCAGCGGAGAGCACAUGGGAGGAGGAGGAGGAGGAGGAGGAGGAGGAGGAGGAGGAGGAGGAGGAGGAGGAGGAGGAGGAGGAGGAGGAGGAGGAGGAGGAGGAGGAGGAGGAGGAGGAGGAGGAGGAGGAGGAGCAGAGGAGAGAAGAGAGACCUCUGCUCUUCGACCCUCUGCAUCUGCUCCUCCUAGACCUCUUCAUCACCCUCAUCUCCCUCACCGCCUUCGCCCCCUCCCGCUACCUCUCCCUCACCCCUUCCCCUCCUCACCACCUCCCCCCACCUCCCUUCCCACCCUCCUCCCUCACCCGAAGCCUCCUUGCUCCCACUCUCACCGCAGCCACCUUUACAGCCCUCCCCCUCGUCUCCCUCUCAGCCGUCACCCUCCUCCUCUCCCUCUCUCUCUCCCCUUCCUUUGUCUCUAUUGCCUCCCUCGCCACAGCACCCCCUCCCAUGGCCGGCACCCACACAGCAGUAGCAGACCGCUCCAUUGCCUUUGUUCUCGCCUCUCUACUCCUGCCCACAAUAGCACGGGCGCAAUGGUACUCCGCCACACACUCUCACGCUCUCUCUCACUCUCACUCGCACCGCAUGCUCAUGCACUCCCUGCGUGCGCCUUCCAAUGCGGAUCUGACCUUCUUUGUCUUCCUGGCCUUCGUGCUGCUGCUCGCCCUCUGGGACGGCCUUCAGGACGCACUCGCCUUACAGCACAUCCCGUUCCUGCUCUGGCUGCUGCUGCUCGCCCUGCCUGUUGCUGCUGUGAUGCUGCCGCAUUGGCUUGGAAGGGGAGCGUUGAGUGGUUUGGGAGAGGGAGAGCGUGGCGUGGAGAUGAGGGGAGGUGGGGGUGAAGGGGCAGAGGCGAGUGAAGCGCUGCUGGUACGAUCGAGAAGCAGGUCAUGA